AUUUUUGCCCCCACCCCCAGAAGGAAGCGCUGUCGGUGUCAGCCUAGCCACAGUACCCUGGUGAUGACUGUGACAUGCGGUGAGGUUUGUAGUUGGUGAGGCUAUUUUACAAUUCGCACAGAAAACCUUCAAGAAAAACUGGAGUGGACAUCGGAACGUAAAAAAAACUCACACUCGAACCAUGGUGAAAAUCACUUUCCAGCCCGUCGCGGGACACAAAGGAGAUAAAGAAAAUGAUGGCGAUAAGACCGAAAUCCUCAUUCCUCAAUCGAUGGAGGAAGAGGAGCUGGUCCUACCGUUGCGGCCCAGUAAGUCACCUCUCAACGGGCUCUGCUGCCUGACGUUUGGCCUGGUUGUCUUCAUGGCUGGUCUGGUCCUUGCCUCCAUCUAUAUGUAUCGCUACUACUUCAUACCGCAUGCCCCGGAGGAGAACUUGUUCCAUUGCAAGGUAGUUUAUGAGGACUCGGUGUACGCGCCGCUGCGUGGGCGUCAAGAACUGGCAGAGAACGUCGGCAUCUACUUGGCAGACAACUAUGAAAAGAUCAGCGUGCCCGUGCCUCACUUUGGAGGCAGCGAUCCUGCUGAUAUUAUCCACGAUUUCCACAGAGGAUUGACUGCCUACCAUGACAUCGCUCUGGACAAGUGCUAUGUCAUUGAACUCAACACCACCAUUGUGAUGCCCCCACGCAACCUUUGGGAGCUGCUCAUUAAUGUCAAGAAAGGAACCUACUUGCCUCAGACGUACAUCAUCCAUGAAGAGAUGGUGGUUACUGGCAGAGUCCACAACAUUCAUCAACUGGGCCCCUUCAUCUACCGCCUUUGCAAUGGGAAGGACACAUACCGCCUCACCCGCCGGGUUUCCCGCAGACGCAUCAACAAGCGAGAGGCGAAGGACUGCCACCGCAUUCGUCACUUUGAGAAUACGUUCGUGGUGGAGACGGUUAUCUGUGCUGAAGCGUGAGCAGGACAGGAAGCGGUCGGUCACCACAAGGCACAUGCCAGUCACCUCCCCGGGUACUGCAGCCUGCGGGUCUGAUCGUAUCGCACGUUAAUCGCUCACGUGACAUCCCGUCUCACUUGGUUUCGCUCCCUGUUUCCACUGGUAAAUGUUUGUUCCGACAUGUGAUGCAAUACUGAGCUGCUGGAAAUAUCACAGGAUUUUCUAUGUAGCAAAGCCCAACGCUGUGCUUAAAGACCCCCCCCCUUUGGAGACUUCCAUGGCGGGAACUGUUGUUAGGGGAGAUGACUGCCUCCAUGUGUCGUCAAGGUGACCUUUUUUUUUUUUUUUUAAAUUACUUGUGUGUGUGCUGUUUGUGUGUCGAUUGUUGGGUGGGAGAGGAAGGCGGCGGCGGCGGCGUCGGGCAUUAAACUCCACUGUUGAAGAAGUCAAGAGACAUGAUUGACGAUAUGCUCAUUUGUCACCAAUGAUUUAGUAAUAUCGCUGUGUGAAUCAUUGAAUAUAUUUUGUGUAUCCGUUUCCCCCCCUUGCAUGUGUUUCAGCUGUUUGGUAAACGUUAAAGCCUUAGUCCAGAGUCAGAUGCUGGACUAACGUUAUUACUGAUGCAACAGGCGGGAGCGUAUUAUUUGAUGUUCGUUAAACGCAGCUGACUUAACCGUGUGUCUUGUCUGCUGAUGGCUUCUUGUCUGUGAAAUAAAGUUUUGAAAAAUG